ACCACCAUCGAAGAAGUAAAGGCGGAAGUCAGCAACGCUUCGAGACAAAGCACGACCGCGAAGUGUUAUCGAGUUUAAAAAAAAUUCCAAGUGCUGAAAUAGUUGGCGAAGGAACGGCUUAUGGAGGCCCCCGGUGAAAUAUUGACGAUGGCGUCGUACGAAGAGGAACUUUGUCAAACAAAGGAGGAGAAGGCGCGACAACAGCCGGAAGCUGUUAGCAAGACUCAAAUUGUGGUACACAUUGAAGAUGUCUGUGAGGAAGGUCUUCCCCCUGAGCAGCAGAAACGGGGCUGCAGGGUGGAGCAGGAGGGGCUACAGCCCCCACACGUUAAAGAAGAAGAGGGGGAGCCACAGCUGCCCCACAUUAAAGAGGAAGAGUGGGAGCCACAGCCCCCCCAUAUUAAACUGGAAAAAGGGGAGCCACAGACCCCCAACAUUAAAGAAGAGGAGAAUCACCGCAACAGUCAGGAGGGAGAGCAUCUUGAAGGACUGGAGGAGUUCCCAGUGAUUGUUGUCCAUGUGAAGAGUGAGGAUGAGGAGGUGGAGCCUCCGAGCAGCAGCUCGACUCAACGCGUGACGACAGACGCUGAUGAAGCAGACAACCUCUCGGCUCCACUGUCAGACGGCGACGACACGUGGUCACACUCUCCCGACACUGAUGAUGAAGACUCUAAAGCUGACAACACACACUGGAAAUGCUCUCAGUGCGACGAAACCUUUGUCAACAAGUCCACCUUGGAAAGGCACGUGAGAACCCACACAGGAGAGAAACCCUUUGUGUGCUCAGUGUGUGGUAAAGGUUUCACUCAGAAAGGCAGUUUGACAACACACGCAAGAAUACACACCGGAGAAAAACCUUUUACCUGUUCAGUGUGCGGUAUAAGUUGUCGACGAAAUCAAGAUUUGAAAAUCCACACGAGAACACACACCGGAGAGAAGCCUUUUACCUGUUCAGUCUGCGGUAAAAGCUUCUCUCAAAAGUCCAACUUAACCACGCACACAAGAAUACACACUGGAGAAAAACCAUAUUCCUGUUCAAUCUGCAACAGAGGCUCUUAUGACCGAACAACACUCGUGAGACACAUGAAAACACACACGGGUGAGAAGGCGUUUUCCUGUCCAGUGUGCGGAGUGGCUUUUGUACAAAAUGAUAGUUUGAAAAAACACAUGAGAGUCCACACAGGAGAAAAACCAUUCGUGUGCUCAGUUUGCGGUAAACCCUUCUCGGAAAAGUCCAAUUUGACAGCGCACACAAGGAUACACACCGGAGAGAAACCUUUUCCCUGUUCAGUGUGCGGUGUGGCUUUUGUGCAAAAUGAUACUUUGAAAAUACACAUGAGGAAACACACUGGCGAGAAACCUUUCACCUGCUCAGUCUGCGGUAAAGGUUUUAGACGAAAUCAGUAUUUGAAAACACACAUGCGACGACACACCGGCGAGAAAGUGUUGCGUUGCAGUGCGUGCCAUGGAGCAUUCUCUUCCAAGUACCAGCUGGGCAAUCACAAGUGUGCUGCUGAGAAAUAACGCAUUUGUGAGAGCAUGAAUUGUAAACACCGCAUGACUGCGCCCAUGCAGUAAAUAUUAACGUCUUUCAAAGGGUUAGGAUGAUGAUGAGGCAUGCCAGGAAGCUGGAAGCACUUCCAGCAACGGGAGUCAUGCCCUGCACCCAGCAUGCCUUGCGGCACAUUUGCUCAAAGUACGUGUUUCCAGUUAACAAAGUUGUUGAUUAUCCUAGUAGAAUUCCUGAUGCGGCCCCCAGCUGAGUUGAGUUUGAGACCCCUGCCUGAAAGGGACAGGAUGCAACUCGUUCCAAAUGACUUUUUUUUUUUAAGAACGCUACCUUCGGCUAGCGUAUGUGGUUAAAACAGGGCUGUCCAAAGUGUGGCCGUGGGGCCAUUUAUGCCGUCUUUUCUAAUUGGCCAGCAGCACAUUCUUAAAAUAUCAUUUAACAAGAAAACUAAGAAAAACAACAGUAGCAGCAGCCUAAAUGGAAAAAUCAGCAAUAAUUUUACAAAAUAAAGUCAAAACAUUAAGACAAAAAAAGUUGCAAUUUUAAGAGAAUAAACUGGUAGUAUAAGGAAAAAUUUAUUUAGUUGCAUAGAGUUGAAUUAUUAAAAAAAAAAUAUAUACUUUUUGGAAAAAAAACAAAACAAAAAGAGUUGUAAUUUUUGGAAAAUUUGGUUGGGGGGAAAGUUAUGACGUUACGAGAAUAAAGUCAAAAUAUGGGAAUGAAUGAGAAGAAAAUUUACAAGAAGAAAGUUGAAAUAAUUGGGGGAAAAAAAUAAUAAAAUAAAAACACGAUAACAAAUUUUACUGGUCGAUAAUUGUGCUGCACAUUAUUGUCGAUAAUGGAUAUUAUCGACAACGUUUUUUGAGACCAUUUUUUCAUUAUUGUCAUGAGAGGUGUAAUUCACAUUUGCACCACUAGAUGGUAUUAAAGUAUAGUGCACUUGAGCCGCUUUAGCUAGGCACACAAGUUGCCUGUACGUAUGUUGUUUCAAAUUGAUGCUCUACAACCGUAUUGAAUGGUUCUUUCGAAAUGUAGCGAGCGACACUGUCUGUGAGUGUGCACCAUUUUGCACUGUUUUGUUUAUCUUUGCCGACCAAAAGCCUCAGUAAGCGUUGACUGCCAGGACGAAGGCGCCGUUGCCCGAGCACCUCCAUCCCAGCUGAGAAAACUGUCCGUGUCGGUCGUCGGAGUUCAUGCGCUCACCUUGUUCAUUCUGUUUAAAACCGAAAUAGGUUGGGGAAAAAGUUAUAAUAUGGGAAUAAAGUUUUUGUUAAUUAUGGGAAUAAAGUUUAAAAAAGUUAAAUAAAAUUAUUUCUUGAAGCAAAUAUCAUUUUUUAGCAUAUUUUACAAAAUAUGUAAGUUGCAUCCUUUCAUUUUUCACUAUGUGGCCCUCGCUGGUAAAACCUUUGAUUUAAAGACCAGAUUGAAGAAAUACAUGUGUGUGUAUAUUGGUCACAAUUCCAAGUUGAACUGCACAAUAAUAUUCAUUCAGCCUGAAUAAAAUGAUUGGCAUUGAUGGCCGGGACUCCAAAUGAGGCAAUACUGCAGUUUGGUGGGCGUGUGAAGUGGGCCAGGAGACAAAGAGGAAUCCAAUCAGAGUGCUGUGGGAGAAGAUGAAGCAGCAGGAGACGCAUCCAUCAGCACAUAACCAAGUCAUUACCGAAGAAAUAGGAGCGGACAAGCUUUCCAUUUGCAUGCAAAUGUUCAUUUCCCUUCCUCAGCCUGAUCCUGGACCUGCACGGAGGAGACGGCCAAAUGAGGACGGGACGAUGAAGCCGACGACAGAUGAGGUGUGACAGGCGGACAAUCAAGUGAUGGGCUUCAUUUUCACAUUCAUUCAAGGUCCAAACAUGCUGUUGUGACAACACAGCGACGCACAAAGUGCCACCUUUUCAACUUCACCAAACAUUUUAGCUACGAGGAAAAAGAAUGUAGUACCACGACGGCAGCGUGGUCCAAAGUCAGGCCCCGGGGCCCACGAUAUAGUCUACAAACAAGCAAACACGGCCCGCUUUUCAACAUUAAACACAAAACUACAGCCCAUUUUGGUCAACCCUUUUAUGUCAAAAACCCGUCUAUGUUGACAACCAGUUUGGGUCGACAACCUGUUUGUGUCGGCAACCCUUUUAUGUCAAAAACCCGUCUAUAUUGACAACCUGUUUAUGUCGACAACCCAUUUCAGUCAACAUCCCUUUUAUGUCAAAAACCCGUCUAUAUUGACAACCUGUUUAUGUCGACAACCUGUUUAUGUCGACAACCUAUUUCAGUCAACAUCCCUUUCAUGUCAAAAACCCGUCUGUGUUGACAAACAGUUUAGGUCGACAACCUGUUUGUGUCGGCAACCCUUUUAUGUCAAAAACCCGUCUAUAUUGACAACCUGUUUAUGUCGACAACCCAUUUCAGUCAACAUCCCUUUUAUGUCAAAAACCCGUCUAUAUUGACAACCUGUUUAUGUCGACAAGCUAUUUCAGUCAACAUCCCUUUUGUGUCAAAAACCCGUCUAUCUUGACAACCUGUUUAGGUCGACAACCUGUUUGUGUCAACAACCCUUUUAUGUCAAAAACCCGUCUAUGUAGACGUCAUGUUUAUGUCGACAACCCAUUUCAGUCAACAUCCCUUUUAUGUGAAAAACCCGUCUGUGUUGACAACCAGUUUAGGUCGACAACCUGUUUGUGUCGGCAACCCUUUUAUGUCAAAAACCUGUUUUUGUUGACAACCUGACAACCCGUUUGUGACGGCAACCCAUUUAUGUCAAAAACACGUCAGUUUAGGUCGACAACCCGUUUGUGUCGGCAACCCUUUUAUGUCAAAAACCCGUCUAUAUUGACAACCUGUUUAUGUCGACAACCCAUUUCAGUCAACAUCCCUUUUAUGUCAAAAACCCGUCUAUAUUGACAACCUGUUUAUGUCGACAACCUGUUUAUGUCGACAACCUAUUUCAGUCAACAUCCCUUUCAUGUCAAAAACCCGUCUGUGUUGACAAACAGUUUAGGUCGACAACCUGUUUGUGUCGGCAACCCUUUUAUGUCAAAAACCCGUCUAUAUUGACAACCUGUUUAUGUCGACAACCCAUUUCAGUCAACAUCCCUUUUAUGUCAAAAACCCGUCUAUAUUGACAACCUGUUUAUGUCGACAAGCUAUUUCAGUCAACAUCCCUUUUGUGUCAAAAACCCGUCUAUCUUGACAACCUGUUUAGGUCGACAACCUGUUUGUGUCAACAACCCUUUUAUGUCAAAAACCCGUCUAUGUAGACGUCAUGUUUAUGUCGACAACCCAUUUCAGUCAACAUCCCUUUUAUGUGAAAAACCCGUCUGUGUUGACAACCAGUUUAGGUCGACAACCUGUUUGUGUCGGCAACCCUUUUAUGUCAAAAACCUGUUUUUGUUGACAACCUGACAACCCGUUUGUGACGGCAACCCAUUUAUGUCAAAAACACGUCAGUUUAGGUCGACAACCCGUUUGUGUCGGCAACCCUUUUAUGUCAAAAACCCGUCUAUAUUGACAACCUGUUUAUGUCGACAACCCAUUUCAGUCAACAUCCCUUUUAUGUCAAAAACCCGUCUAUGUUUACAACCUGUUUAGGUCGAAAAUCCAUUUGUGUCGGCAACCCUUUUAUGCCAAAAACCUGUUUUUGUUGACAUCCUGUUUAGGUCGACAACCCUUUUAUGUCAAAAACCCGUCUAUGUUGACAUCCUGUUUAUGUCGACAACCCUUCUAUGUUGACAACCCUCCUAUGCGGACCAAAAGUCCCGGUUCACUGUGUUCUUCUUAUUAAAGUUCCUGCUUUUGUCGACAUGAAAUGUGUUCAUUUUGACAAAGAAUGUUGCGUUUACGUUGACAUCAUUAGAAGUAGCCAAGCAGCAGGAUAAUAACUGCUGUCUGCUUAGACCACAUUAAAACCUGCGAUACUCACUUCCUGUUGAGAGCAAAGUAAGCUUGAAAAUGAAAGCAGGGAUGGUUGGAGCUACCGGAACAAUGAAAACUUUAUUGUCAUUGCAGCUGAGACAUAGAAAAAAAGCGUGUUAGAUCAAAGAAAAGAUCUACAAAAUGUCAACAAUGGGUUCUGGGACCCCCAAAAGGGGGGGAAUGAUAUUGUGGAAUGACGUCACUAAAGAAGAGGUCACCUCAACCUGAGCUUGUACAAGAGUUGUGUCUUUGAUCACGUUUUACUCCGUCCCUUCGGCCAAAAGCCCCACUUCUGUAGAUGCAUUGGCAUCAUAGCAUAGUAGGUACAGUAUGUUCCGUGCUCACCAGGGGGCGGUAGCGCACAACCUCACUUCCAUACGCUCAUCCUAGCCAUCAAUGUCUUAUUCCGUUUGAAUUAUUUACGAUUCUUUAUCUUGUAAAAAUGUUUUUCUAGUAAAAUAUUUUGACUAUUUCAAGUUUCUCCUCGUAAUAUUACGACUUUAUUCCCAUUAUAUUGUAACUUUUUCCUCACCUAAUGUUCCAAAAA